UGUUAACACAGGGUGCUCCCAAUCGUUACUUAUGGGGAUUUUACUAUUACCUUAAGAAUGCCUUUUUCCCAAGUAUCAUUACCAUGGGUCAAGUUGUUAAAGCAAUUGCCUUUGUCCAAGCUGAUCAAUGACCAUGUGAGAGCGCCUUUUUCUCUUUUUACGCUUUUGUUUGUUUGUGAUUGUGAGAUUCUCAAAGUCUAGCUUAGAAGCUGAUGAUUCUCUUAACUAAUGAUGAACAGGUUUCAUUAUGUCAUAUUCCUAUAUCUGUCUACGACACAUCAGCCCAUUGGAUCAAGCAUCUUCUAAAUGAUUCUCACUUGAAUUUCGUUGCUUGGGCGCUUGAUGGCAUUCUCACCGAUUGGAAAACAGAAAAACAAGGACUCAAUUCUAACGCUGUAAAACGCAUUCACUUUUUACCAUGUGUGAUUAAAUGGUGUAUGUAUUCAGUUAGUUACCUUUUGUUUCUCUAACUCCCAUUCUGUUGUUGUCCUUGUUUUACGAUUAGGUGGCCACAUUUGUUGGAUUAGCCUUGGUAUUGCGUAGUAGUAAGCCUGAUGUUUUUACUACUAUUUUGCGGAUGCUGAGGUGGAGACCUAUGUAUCAAGGCCAGGACACGCUUCCGGUUCUUGUUUGGAUGCUGGCUCAGGCCACCCACGGUGAUUUACCUGCUGGCUUGUAUUCAUGGGCUCAUGUCUUGUUACCACUAGUCGGCAGUUACAGGCGCCGCCGCCCUCCCUCUAUUGAUCUCAUCCUGCAAAUUGUUGAGAUGAUUUUGUCAAAUCCAGACGCUCAGACCAUACUUGUAAAUCGAGCUGUUAGGGAGGGAGAGCGGCUGAUUCCACCUUCUUCAUUUGAGACCUUGCUGCGGCUUACAUUCCCUGCUUCAUCUGCUAGAGUAAAGGCAACAGAGAGGUUUGAGGCAGUUUAUCCCUUGUUGAAAGAAGUCGCCCUUGCACCAGAGACUGCAACAGGAGGAAACGCAUUGGAACAGAUAUUCACUUUUUCUUUGAAAUUAGCUGGAGAAGGAAAUCCUGGUCUAGCCAAGGAAGCUGCAGCAAUCGCUAUCCGAUCUGUGACAGAAAACGUUGAUUGCUUUAAGCACUGGGAUAUUCUCUAUAAUGAUCAUUUAGAAGUUAGCGUUACUCUUCUUAGAAAGCUUGUAGACGAAUGGAAGGAUCAUUCCCCUAAUUUAUUAUUCUCACUAGAUGAUACUCUCACUGUCAAUCGAGCUAUGAGUAGCUUCAGGCUUAAGAAUGAAAAAGCCAUCACAGAAGGAGGAGCCAAUUGUUCACUUUACAAGGAAGCUGACCAGUCGUGUAAACUGAUCUUGGGGAGACUCUCCCGUGAAAGUGGCCGCCUCAAUAUAGCACCCAUUACAGCUUGUGGUUCUAGCUGCUGCAUUAGCCGCUGCAGGAGGCGUUGCAGGAGCCGCACUUGCUCUAUGCUUACCACUAGCGUAAUGGGCGGCCACAAAAUAACACCCAUUUCUUUUUUUAUUUGUAUAGUUUUUAAUUAACCUCGGCAACUUGUCCACACAUAUGUAGGUCUAUUCGUUAGUUAGGUGUUUCAUUUUGAAUGAUUAUGUUUAGUUGCGUGACGUGAUUACUAAUUGAUUAAUUGUAUAUUUCUUGCA